AGCAGAGUGAGCUUUACAGUGCAGUAGCUACAAGCUGGAGUGCAGGACGGUCUUCAGCAGCACAGUUUUGUUUCAGUUUUUAAAUCUCUCAUCCAAGCAAAAAUGCCAUUCUUCGAUCGUUUGAAGGACAUUUUCUCCCAUGACCGACACUCCGAUGAUGACACUGUCAAAGUGAAGGGUAAGGAAAAACCUAUAUAUUAUGGAACAGUCACUCCAUAUCCAAACUUCAAUGCCAGCGACGACACUGCAAUUCUUCGGCGUGCCAUUGAAAGUAAAGGAGUGAACGAGGAUGUGAUCAUUGCAGUCCUGGUAAAGCGAAGCAACGAGCAGAGGCAAAAUAUCAAAGCAGUCUAUGAAACGGAAAAUGGGAGAAAGCUGGCUGACGAUUUGAAAGCAGUUCUGACAGCACACUUGGAGGUCAUCUGUCUGGCACUGCUCAUGACACCAGCUCACUAUGAUGCCCACGAACUUAGGAAAGCCACAAAGGGUUUGGGCACAGAUGAGGAAGUUCUGACUGAGAUUUUGGCAACGAGAACAAACCAAGAGAUUCAAGAGAUCAAGAAGGCCUUCAAACAAGAGUACAAAACAGAGCUGGAAGAAGUUAUUAAAAGUGAGACCAGUGGCAACUACACCAAGAGCCUCCUGGAAUUACUAAGUGGAGGUAGAGAUGAGAGCACUCGCGUAGACAAUGAUCUUGUUUCAAAAGACACAAAGACGCUGCUGACAUUAUGUGAGCAGGGCAGCAAAUUCAACGUGUCCACCUUCAUUGACUUGAUGACCAAGCGCAGCUAUCCUCACCUCCGAAAAGUAUUGGAGGCAUAUAGCAAACAAACGGACGUCAAAUUACCCACAGUGCUGAAAAAGGAGCUGAAAGGAGACACUGAAAAUUGUCUCAUCGACCUUGCAAAAUAUGCCUGGAACACACCAGCUGUCUUUGCCCAGAAGCUUGUUAAGGCUUUAGAGAAACCAGGCACGUGUGAGAAAACUCUCAACAGGAUACUGGUGAGUCGCUCUGAGGUCGACCUCAAGAAGAUCAAGGAGGUAUACUGGAACUGUCACCAAAGAUCCCUAAAUGAUGACAUAGAGAAAGACACCAAGGAGCACUAUCGGAAAGUCCUGCUUAGCCUGUGUGGAGCUUUUUGAACUUCAUCUGUUACCAUUUUACUCUGGAAACCGAGACCAACUUAUUCCACUAAAUACUCACAGCUUUAACUCUGAAAUGCAUGACUACUCUGUUCUUUUGAGAUUAAACUUUAAUAAAGAAGUUAUUCCAGCA